AUGAUGUCCCGGGAUAUUCGAUUCUGGAAUGCUGCAUCCAACCAGCCUCCGCUGCACUGUCCUGUUACUCUCCCCAAGGCAUCCUCUAAUACCGAGGCGCCCGACAUGCUCCACCCACUUUCUCUCCUGGAAAAUCCGUGUGUCCGUAGCAAAGGUCGACCAUCCGCUCGUGACCAGCAUGAGAAAUCCAGCAUUGGUGAACCGACGCGUGCGGGAUCGGAUCUUAACGAUGACGCCGCCAGGACAGGCGUCAUCGGCCAGGCACUGGAUAUCCUGGCUAGAAUCCAUGUAGCCUUUGCCUCGCCUGACGAUGAUCCUGACGUAUCCCAGCAGCAUGGGUCCACUGGUGGAGAUCCUGCUAUGGAAGAUGCAAAACGGCGGCGAAUGCUGCAUGCAUUGUUGGAUCUCAUCUCCCUUGAGGGAAUCUAUCCGUCACUUUCAUCCGGCGUCGGAAUUCCAUUGCAGCAGAGAGUCAUAUCCGUGCUCCCAGCGGGUGUCAUUGCCAAGCAAGCCCAGGUGUCUGGAAGCAGUGUUCCUCACAAUGAGGCCCUUCUACGCGGGAUAAUGGAGGUGCUUUCCGGUAUCCUCUUUGAUGCAUGUCAGAGCAUUCAACCCGUCAUUCGAGGCCGUAUUUUGAGUGAUAUCAUCAGCGGCCUCUCGGACCUUGCAUUUAAUCCGAAUAUCCAACCCUCGCAAUAUCAGGAAAGAUACAUGGAAGCACUCGCAAGGGUCAUUGAUGAGACCCCAAGCUCUGUCUUACUGCCCACGCUGUCAAGUUUCCUGCAGGCGGACGCCACACAAUGGUUCAAGUCAAGGGUGUCCAGUCAAAUCUCUCGAAUUCCACUCCGCCCUGGGGGGGUGCUCCAGACCAUUAUGUUCAUGGCUUCUCAAUUCGCCCCCUCCCUGGGGCAGGAAGCCCAGUCCCAAGCUUCUAACGGGCCUCAUUUUACGGUCCAGGCCAUUAUGCAAAUUUCACGGCUUCUUUCCUCGGUGCCCCAGGACGUUGAUUCAUCACUAUACUUCACGACCAUUGCUCCUCAGCUUCUUGCUUUGAUUGACGGUGAUGACCAGGACUUGCAGAAGACGGCAUCAUAUACUAUUGGCAAUGGAAUUCUAGGAAAGCGAGCUUAUGGGGCUCCUGGGACGAUUGGGCAUUCUAUCUUCGUCGAACCGCUUUUCGCCAGUCUGACUGGAGAGCUUAAUGAUUCAUCUACAAAAUGGAUGAACCGGUUUACAGAUGCGGAGGACACUAUCCCUCAAUCGUCCCGAAGGAAGUUGCCUACGGGCACGCUUGUGGAUAGCGCCACAGUUGAAUUGGCCAUUGACAGAUUGAGAAGUCUGGCCCUUCAACAUCCAAAUCCCGUCCUGGUCAAGAGAAUUGUCUACCCCAUUCUACUUCCACUUUGGGGAUUGGCUUGCUUCUGCAAAGAACAGGAAAUGAUGUUAUGCCAUGAAAGGGUUAUGGCUCUACUGCAAACAUAUUUCAGCAUCUCGGUUGGGGCGCAGCCUCUAAAGAAACUGGUUGACAAUCUCCUCUGGGACGGCGGCUCGACCUGGACAUACGCUAAAAGCUCAAACGAUGGUGCCUUUUUGGUAGGACGCAAUGAAAGCAGAAACGAUGCGUCGAAUGUGAUUAAAAUGAUGGAAUCCCUACAGGGUCGGACGGAUCUCUUUGUCGGUUUGCUAGGCUCCGAUCCCAGCAGCGAGGAACGGACUGGCGAUAUCUUCCUCCAUGUGAGCGAGUCCUGGCUUGUGCAUCCCACCGGUACACAACAGGCGCACGGACCGUCCAAGACGUCAUUAGGUGAUGGUGCCAGUGAGAACCUCGUACAGAGAUUGAUCAGUGCAAAGGUUUCGGAGAAGCUGCUCGACAAUUUCCGCGAUAUACUCUCACGCCGCCCCCUUCGAGUACUGGAGCUCAUCAAGCAGGUCAUCAACGGGGAGCUGCAGAGGCUCGAUCCCCGGCGAGGACCACAAGAGGCCGGCAAAGUAUCACUCUCUUCACUGGCAAAUAUUGUCCCCAAGGAAGAUGGCCAGGAGAAGAGUCGAUCCGACAAUGAGUCCUUCGAGUCACUCUCGACCGCCUUCAGCUUGCUGUCUACCGUGCUGGCCUCUGCUGAGUUUGCUACCUCGCAAGAAAUCAAACCGCUGCUCGAGUCAAUCAAAGAUCGAUUGGAUCAACUUAUCCCCCUACUCCCUCCAUUCCUCUCAAAGCCCGGGACGACAUCCUCCAUGUUACUUGAAAUCCAGCUCACACACCCCGAGCACGACGAUACCAAGCCUGCACCGGCAUAUAUCUCCGACCUCGAAACACAUCGCCAAGCGCUAUCCAAUCUCAAUUCGGAUCUCCCGCCCGUUCAAGCAGAGGGAUUCUCGCUCCUGUCAACGUUGAUCACGAAAGCGUCUCCUGUGCUCGAUAUCCCCGCGACCCUGACACUCCUUCUCUCCAUCAUCACCGACACAUCCGAGUCUGCGGCAAGCGAAGAGUUCAUCUAUCUCAACGCUAUCAAAAUAAUCGGCACUCUGGCAUCGCGGCAUCCGCGCACGGUGGUCAAGACACUGGUCGACAACUAUGCCGACAGAAGCGAGCAGCGGAGUCUCGAUCAGCGUUUGAAGAUCGGCGAAGCCUUGCUGCGAACAGUGCAAGACCUUGGCGAUGCGCUGACAGGCGAGACGGCAAAGAUCCUUGGCGAGGGCAUGAUCGCCGUGGGCGGACGACGAGGUCGAAAACCACAAACGCAGCGAAGUCGGGCAGAACGACUUGCAAAGGAGAAGCGGAAGAAAGAGCGAGAAGAACCCGCCAUGUCAGAAGGAUGGUCCAUGGCAUCUGGGCCUUCUGCCUCGUUAUCUGAAGUGGAUCUCCUGGGAGAUGACGACUCGGAAACCGAAUCCCCCGAGCAAACAGUUCAUGCCGCGAACAUAGUUGCAGCUUGGGAAGCGGGCGCCUCAUCAGACGAAGACCCGGACGACCUUCGCGUCCGCGCUUCUGCACUUUCGGUCCUUGCAUCUGCUGUGCAGAGCAAUAUCCUCGGCCUGGGCCCGGUUAUCCUCUCCUCCGCCGUGGAGUUAGCUCUCGCAACAUUAACCCUCGAACCUGCACCCGAGAGCGCGAUUCUACGCCGUUCAAGCGUGAUCCUCCUUCUGGAUAUCUUGAAGACAUUGGACACGACCCGCGAAGAACGUGGCGGAAAAGAUAUCGGCUUUGGGUUCUCGUUGACGGACGAUGGAUCCCCUUCCUCCUCUUCUCAUGAUGCCGUCUCGCGUGGCCCGUCGACUAUCGGUAAUAUACCGUCCAUGCUGCGGACGCUGGGAUUCGUGGAGAGCCGGGAAGCGGACAGUAUUACCCGUGGACAUCUUCGCGCGCUAGUUGAGAGCCUGGAGGCUUGGUUGGAGAAGUCGUUGAUGUGGAGGAUCGGGGCUCAGACUGGAGAUGGAGAUGAGACAGUUGAGCCGAGGUUGGAAUUGGGGGAUCGGAUUGCAGGACUCAGUGUUGAUCCCAUGGCUGGACAGAGUGGAAGGCAGCGGCCGAGGAUUGAGGAGAUAGAAUGA